AAAACACGCAGCAAGAGACGAUGAGAAGUGAGUGUUCGAGCCGGCGACCUUCGCGUGUGCUACUCGUGACGAAACAAUCGUACCGCCGCAUUAACCCAACAACAAAACGGAUGAGCUCACUGUUCGAUGGGUGAGCUCGAGCGCGUAGAACAGUGCACCUUUCGCUCCGAUUAGUUUGUUCGCGACGUCGAGCGAUUAUAAUCCGAAAAUAAAGUGCUAUUUACUAAUUACGUGAUUCGGCUUUCGUUACGUUCGCUCGCAGAUGUGCUUUUCCCGUACUCGCAGUGCAACAAGUAUCUCGUUGAACGCGUACUAUAAUUAUGCGCUAUAGUGGCGAGCGAUAAUUCGCGACUGUUUAUUUCGUUGACAAGAACAUCAGAGUAAAAACGCACGGAAUUGCUAAUUUCAGCGUAGCCAGAAAAUUAACGAGUUGUCUAAAAUAAAAAGAAGACACCACUUGACAAACGCGCAGCAGCCUAACGGUAAAUCAAACCCACGUUAAUUUGGUCUCACCCACGCGGAGAAAAUGGCCUUCAUGUGUCCUGAUCAAGUGGAUCCAGCCGAGCUGGAAGGCUACGGUCAUGCAACACAACCUGGUCUCGAUGUCUUCAUCAAAAAAGCUGUCGAAGUUAAACGCAUCCUACCGUCGCUUUUCAACAUCAAAGUGCUUGGUGACCGUGGAUCAGGAUUCAAGAGUAAAGGUCCAGUGCAAGAUUUCAACGAACUGAGACAACAAUGUCUUUCAGAGGGAAGGCUCUUUGAAGAUCCAGAAUUUCCUGCCAUAGAUUCUUCAUUAUUCUAUUCAAGAAGACCAGAUAGAUAUGUUGAAUGGAGACGUCCAAUGGAAAUAGCAGACAACCCUCAAUUAUUCAUAGAGGGUUACUCCAGAUUUGAUGUCCAACAGGGUGAACUUGGUGAUUGUUGGUUACUUGCUGCAAUAGCUAAUUUAACAUUACACCCAAACUUAUUCUUUCAAAUUGUACCUGAAGACCAGAGCUUUGAAGAGAAUUAUGCUGGUAUAUUUCACUUCAGGUUUUGGCAGUAUGGCAAAUGGGUCGAUGUAGUAAUCGACGAUAGACUGCCUACUUAUCAUGGCAAACUUCUUUACCUGAGCUCAGCUGAGCCAAACGAAUUUUGGAGUGCACUUUUAGAGAAAGCCUAUGCUAAACUUCAUGGCUCCUAUGAAGCUCUCAAGGGUGGCACAACAUGCGAAGCUAUGGAAGAUUUUACAGGUGGUGUCACUGAGAUGUACGAGAUGAACGAGACACCGCCAAAUCUUUUCAGUAUUCUACUCAAAGCUUACGAACGAAACUCUUUAAUGGGCUGCUCUAUUGAGCCAGAUCCAAACGUACUUGAAGCCGAAACGCCACAAGGCCUAAUCAGAGGACACGCUUACAGUAUCACACGAGUUAAAUAUGUAGACAUUCAAACACCUAACACAGUAGGAAAAAUUCCGCUGUUAAGAUUGAGAAAUCCCUGGGGUAACGAAGCUGAAUGGAAUGGUCCUUGGAGUGAUGGAUCCCCAGAAUGGCGAUUCAUUCCCGACCACGAGAAGGAAGAAUUGGGCUUGACUUUUGACGUUGAUGGAGAGUUUUGGAUGUCCUUCCAAGACUUCAAAAAGUAUUUUGAACGAGUGGAAAUUUGUAAUUUGAAUCCCGAUUCAUUGACGGAGGAUGAUCUCAGCCGUGGCAAGAAAAAAUGGGAAAUGAGUGUAUACGAAGGCGAAUGGGUUCGAGGAGUAACAGCUGGUGGUUGCCGUAAUUAUUUAGAAACCUUCUGGCAUAACCCACAGUACCGUGUUACCCUGGAAUAUCCAGACGAGGAUGAUGAUAAAUGCACUGUCAUUGUAGCGCUCAUGCAAAAAAAUAGACGAGCACAGAGACGAAUGGGCGCUGACUGUCUCACUAUUGGCUUUGCAAUUUAUCACUUAGAGGAUUCAGAAAGACUUCCAAAACCGUUAGAUAUUAAUUUCUUCAGAUAUAAUGCAUCAGUAGCUCGAUCACCAUCUUUCAUUAAUUUACGUGAAGUCAGUUGUCGGUUUAAACUACCGCCUGGAAUUUACUGUAUAGUUCCUAGUACUUUCGAUCCUAAUGAAGAGGGAGAAUUUUUACUUAGGAUCUUCUCUGAAAACAAAAAUAACAUGGAAGAAAAUGACGAUGAAGUAGGAAUGGGUGAUGUUGAUGAUAGGGUUCAACCACAACCCGUUGAUAAUAAUAACGAAGAGAAAGUGCGAGAGUUCUUUAAAAAACUCGCAGGUGAUGAUAUGGAAGUUGAUUGGAUGGAAUUGAAAGAAAUAUUGGAUUAUGCCAUGCGCAAAGAAUUGCCGCCGGCACGUCGUAGCGAGGCUGCUAGUAACCCUGAUAGCCCGCAAGAAGAGACCUCCCUCAUCGACACACUUAUCUCCCUGCUCUGUGGUAUUAUUUGUAAGGAUGAACAGGCCAAUAAGACUGACCUAGAAAUGAACAAUCAAGGAUUCAGCAAAGACGUGUGUCGAAGUAUGGUUGCAAUGCUCGACACUGAUCACUCUGGUAAAUUAGGCUUCGAGGAAUUUAAGGCACUUUGGAACGACAUUCGUAGCUGGAGGUCUGUUUUCCGGCUUUACGAUAGAGACGGCACUGGUUACCUGAGCGCAUUUGAGCUAAGACAGGCAUUGAAUAGCGCCGGUUAUCGAUUAAACAAUCACGUAUUAAAUAUACUCGUACAUAGGUACGGUACUAAAGAGGGGAUGAUCGCGUUUGAUGAUUUCAUUAUGUGCGCCGUCAGACUAAAGACAAUGAUCGAUAUCUUCCGAGAAAGAGAUCCAGGACAUACGCAAACGGCAACAUUUACAUUAGAAGAGUGGGUUGAGAAAACGUUAUACUCGUAAAUCGUUGUAGUAAAAAACCAUAAAAUGGCGAAAGAUAUUACGUUGUCGAAAAGAGAUGAUUGCCAACUUACUGUGUGAUAAAAAUAUCGAUGAAUCUCCAAAAAUUAAACAUUCGAUGGCUUCUAUACUUACAUAUUAUACCGAUUUACGAUGAAUUUCACUCAAAAAGUUAGAUAUAUAUUAGAUGAAGAUUUUUUAAAGUAUAUACGACAGAUUUUAUAUUUUUGACAGUUUUUGAAGAGUUGGAACUAUGGAAAUAGUUUAAUCUGGUGCGUAAAAAAGCUGCUAUUGCGAAUGACUGAUUUUUACUAUAUAUUUAUAUGUUAUAAGUCUUACGUUGACUACUGAUUUUCUUUUCUUUUUUAACAAAGUAUUUGGUACACUCUUCAAAGAAACUUAAAUUGUAUUAUGUAGAGUAUAAUUUAAUUUAUCUUUAUAUUUAUACUAAUAUAAAAUGUAAUUUUUAACGUUAAUGUUACUUAAAAAGCAUUAAAGUGUUGCAUUUCUUCAGAAACUACGUGUUAUUGCUAAUAUUUACUCUAUUUCUUUCCUUAUCAAGAAUUCACAUCAUCCUUAGAAAUACCAAAUAAAGUUUUUUCAAAAUGUCAAAUUAAUUGAAACAUACAAGUGAAAUAUUAUUUAUGAAUGUAAAUGUUAUUAAAAGCUUCAAUAUAGCAAUAAUUGAUUCGAAAUUCGAAAUUAUAAAUCAAUUUAUAUGAAUAAACUAGCACUCAUCCAAUAACAUGACUGUCGAUUGGUUGAUUCAGUCAUUGUACAUGUAUACAAACGAGAGUAUAUACAUCAACAGUUGUCGAGACAGUGCGCGUUCUGUCGAGCUGACAUGCGAUUCAGCUACGCCGCCGAUUUUUCUGCCAAGCAUAUCGCAAGAGUGAAGAGUGCACGAACAUGUCGGACGAAAUAGCUUUCAUCAAUUUCCCGUUGCAGAAAAUUAUAAAGUGCGAGCACUGUCAUGAGCCGAAAAUAGCGAUAUUUAGUGCUGAAU